CUGCUUGACGGUUAUAUAACCUUUCUCCACCCCGCCAUCCAAAAACUCACAAGCCCAAAACAACUACUACUACUACUACAAAGCAACUUGGAAGAGAUCGAGAAGAGGAAAAGCAUAUCAGUCGAGGAUUUCGUACACACACACACACACACUCUCAAAAUGUCGUCUAACCAGGAGCAUUACUACAACGCUGGCAAAGCCGAGGGCCGCGCAGAGGAGAAGACGGGGAGGAUGGCGGACACGGUGAAGGAGAAGGCUCGGUCGGCCAAGGAGACGGCCGGAGCGAAGACGCAGGAGGCGAAGGACAGGGCCGGGGAGGCGGCGGAGGCGACGAAGGAGAGGACGUACGAAGGGAAGGAGAAGACGAAAGGGAUGCUGGCGGAGACGGGGGACAAGGUGAAGAACAUGGCAGCCAGCGCUGCCGACACGGUGAAGCAGACGCUCGGGAUGGGCGACACCGGCGAGCAUCGGGUGACUCAUGAGCGGGAGGAGCAUGGUCUUGGUGGUGGUAUCGGCGGCACCGGCGGGCAGCAGCGCACUACCACCACCACGCGUAAGGAUACUAAUUACUAGAGAUGGAUUGAAGUGAGGAAGUGUACCGGCGCGUCGUAGUAGUGGCCGGGCCGGUUGUAAUAAAUAAGCGCGCCAGCUUUCAUUUAGGGAGUGGGCGUGUGUUUGCUUUGUUUGUUUGUUUGUUUGUUUGGGGUUUUCUUUUUCGAGUCUGGGCGCGUGCAUGAGAUGUUGUUCCGGUGGGGAGUUUUUUUUGGAUUCCUCGUUUGAAGAAACGGCACCGUGCCGUGCGUUACUAGUACUUUGCCGCCGUAGCUGCUUUUUUUACAAGGGUGGGCAAGGAAUGUUAUUUGUGAAAUAAAAAAGAGUG